AGAGGAGGGCUCGCAGGAGCUGAUAUGUCCGCCAUCUUGAAGCGUCGGUGAUGGUGGCAAGCGGUGCCUUUCCUGCCUGAGCCGAGGCAGCCCAGGGCCUGUGGCGGGGCUGCGCGCUUCCCGAGGACCUGGGCUCCUGUUGCACAGUGAUGGAAUAAUCUCUGCCGGCACCUGGGAUGCUGAGGGAGCAGCCCCUGAGAGAGCUUUCUCGGGAGAGCCUGUGUGAAAUAACGCAGUGCCAUGUUUGCAGUAACCAGCAUGUUUUGGAAAUUUGAUCUCCAUUCGUCAUCCCACAUAGAUACACUUCUAGAGAGGGAAGAUGUGACCCUGAAGGAGUUGAUGGAUGAGGAGGAUGUUCUGCAGGAGUGCAAGGCUCAGAAUCGCAAGCUCAUCGAGUUCCUGCUGAAGUCAGAAUGCUUGGAGGAUUUGGUUUCCUUUAUCAUCGAAGAGCCACCGCAAGACAUGGAUGAAAAGAUCAGAUAUAAAUACCCAAACAUCUCCUGUGAGCUGCUGACAUCAGAUGUCUCACAGAUCAACGACAGGCUGGGAGAAGAAGAAUCCUUACUCAUGAAACUGUACAGCUUCCUUUUGAAUGAAUCUCCUCUGAACCCUUUAUUGGCCAGUUUCUUCAGCAAGGUGCUAAGUAUUCUUAUAAGCAGAAAACCAGAACAGAUUGUGGAGUUUUUAAAGAGGAAGCAUGAUUUUGUAGACCUCAUCAUCAAGCACAUUGGGACCUCUGCUAUCAUGGACUUGUUGCUCAGGCUGCUGACUUGCAUAGAACCUCCCCAGCCCCGGCAAGAAGUGUUAAAUUGGUUGAACGAGGAGAGAAUUAUCCAGCGGCUGGUGGAGAUUGUCCAUCCCUCCCAAGAUGAGGAUAGGCAUUCAAAUGCGUCCCAGUCGCUCUGCGAGAUCAUUCGCCUGAGUAGAGACCAGAUGCUACAAGUCCAGAAUGGUUCAGAGCCAGACCCUCUGCUGGCAAGUCUGGAGAAGCAGGAAAUCAUAGAGCAGCUGCUGUCUAACAUCUUUCAUAAAGAGAAGAAUGAAUCUGCAAUAGUCAGUGCCAUCCAGAUCCUGCUGACCCUGCUGGAGACACGGCGGCAGACGUUUGAAGGCCACAUAGAGGUCUGUCCUCCAGGCAUGAGCAAUUCAACGUACUCAGUCAACAAAAGCGUUUUAGAAGCCAUAAAGUCAAGACUCUCAUCCUUCCAUGAGCUCCUGCUCGAGCCUCCAAAAAAGAGUGUCAUGAAGACAACCUGGGGUGUGUUGGAUCCACCUGUGGGAAACACCCGUUUAAACGUGAUCAGGUUGAUCUCGAGCCUCCUGCAGACCAACACAGGCAGUGUCAAUCAGGAGCUCAUAGAGCUUAACAGCAUAGGAGUCAUACUGGACAUGUUCUUCAAGUACACAUGGAACAAUUUUUUGCAUACCCAAGUGGAAAUCUGCAUCGCAUUGAUCCUUGCCAGUCCUCUUGAGGGCGCUGAGAACGGCACAAUCACGGAUCAGGAGCCCCCUGGGGACAACCUCUUGCUGAAACAUCUCUUCCUUAAGUGCCAACUAAUAGAACGAAUACUUGAAGCAUGGGAGCUGAACGAGAAGAAGCAGGCCGAGGGAGGCAGGCGGCACGGCUACAUGGGGCACCUCACCAGGAUAGCCAACUGCAUUGUGCACAGCACAGACAAGGGGCCCAACAGCUCACUGGUCCAGCAGCUCAUCAAAGAGCUUCCAGAGGAGGUCAGGGAGCGAUGGGAGACGUUCUGCACAAGCUCUUUAGGAGAAACUAACAAGAGGAACACAGUGGACCUGGUUACUACCUGCCACAUUCAUUCUUCCAGUGAUGAUGAAAUUGACUUCAAAGAAACUGGCUUCUCCCAGGAUUCCUCUUUGCAGCAGUUUGGCUUCAACGAUGAGAAGUUUGCUGACCAAGAUGACAUUGGCAAUGUUUCUUUUGAUCGGGUCUCAGACAUCAACUUUACUCUCAAUACAAAUGAAAGUGGCAACAUCGCCUUGUUCGAGGCCUGCUGCAAGGAGCGGAUCCAGCAGUUCGACGAUGGGGGCUCUGAUGAAGAGGACAUUUGGGAGGAGAAACACAUUGCGUUCACACCAGAGUCCCAGAGGCGCUCCAGCUCGGGCAGUACGGACAGUGAAGAAAGCACAGAUUCCGAAGAGGAGGAUGGAGCCAAGCAAGACCUCUUUGAGUCACACACCAAUACAGAGGACAAAAUGGAAGUAGACUUAAGUGAACCACCAAACUGGUCAGCUAACUUUGAUGUACCCAUGGAGACUGCACACGGUGCCAAUCUGGAUUCUGUUGGGUCUGAUGUGUGGAGUACAGAAGAACCUAUGCCAGCAAAAGAAACUGGCUGGGCUUCCUUUUCUGAGUUCACAUCCUCCUUGAGCUCCAAAGAUUCCUUAAGAAGUAAUUCUCCUGUGGAAAUGGAAACAAACACAGACCCAAUUGAUCCCUUGAGUGCAAAUGCACCUGCUCUUGCAACACAGCUAGACACCCCAGGGAGCGUUGCCAUGGAGGCCAGCUCUGACGAGGACGACGCGGAGAGCGCGGACAAGGUAACGGAGACGGUGAUGAACGGCAGCAUGAAGGAAACCCUGAGCCUUACCGUAGAUGCUAAAACUGAAACGGCUGUCUUCAAAAGAGUGUUGAAAUCCUAUCGUGAGGAAGGAAAACUGUCUACCUCGCAAGAUCCUUCUUGUAAAUAUGUAGUAGAAGAGAACACAGAGGUUGCAGAAGAGACUCCUUCAGCUCUGCAGCCUGCUAGCAACAGUCCAGAUCAGAGGCCUGACCAGCACAGCCCCCUGGAGGCGUCUGCCAACGGCCCUGUAUGAUGGCGCUGCCCCUGCCCGGGCUGAGCAACACGAACUGAUUCUCCAGGGCUUGGUUGGAUUUCAUCUAGCCCCUGUUGAAGCCAGCCACUGCUGCACUAAUUUCACAAGGGAUCAGGACCAGCAACCUUUCUAUUCUAGAUUUUAAGAUAUUGUACAGAAAUUCCUAAGUGUAAAGAUGCUGCGAGGAGCCCCGGAGCCUGC